AUGUCUCUUCCCCGACAGCUGCGAGAAAAGAGUGAUUUUGACCAGCUUCCAGAUGAUGUACCUGUUUCAGCCAAUAUUGCAGAUAUAGAAGAAAAGAAAGGCUUUACUAAUUACUAUUUGUUUGUCAUUGAAGUAAAGAUUAAAAGUGGUGGCAGAUACCUGAUUUUCCGACGCUAUCGUCAGUUCUAUGCCCUGCACACCAAACUAGAGGAGAGAUAUGGGGCAGAGAGCAAAAACAGCCCUUUUACCUGCACACUCCCCAUAUUGCCAGGGAAGGUUUAUGUUGGGGCCAAAAAAGAAAUUGCAGAGAACAGGAUUCCUAUCCUAAAUGUCUACAUGAAGAACCUACUCUGCCUACCCGCUUGGGUGUUGAUGGAUGAAGAGGUACGGCUGUUCUUCUACCACUCAGAUUUUGAUAGUGAACAGGUGCCUAGAAGACUGAGACGGCUUCGCCCACGGACACGCCGUGUUAAAAGCAUUUCAGCCGAACUGCCUGUUUUGGACCGGGUGGCAACUCCUCGGGCUGAGGCACUAUUUGAUUUUUCUGGAACCAAUAAACUAGAGCUCAGCUUUAAGAAGGGAGACUUGAUCUAUCUUCUCAGCAGAGUAAACAAAGACUGGUUGGAGGGAACAGUUAAUGAUACCACUGGGAUUUUCCCAUGUGCUUUUGUGAAAAUCAUAAAAGAUUUACCACAGCAGGAAGACACAGUGAAUAAAGUGCGCUGUUAUUACCAUGAUGAGACAGUAAGCACUAUCAGGGAUAUCUCAGUGGAAGAGGACCUGAGCAGCAUUCCAUUAUUCAACGAUCUCAUGGAAUUGAUAAGGCGGGAGUUUGACCAAGAUGACAUUGUUCUGAAUUACCGGGACCUUGAUGGUGAUCUGAUCCGGCUGCUCUCUGAUCAGGAUGUUGAGCUCAUGGUGUCUCAGAGCAGGAGCAAGCCCUCUGAGAAGCAUAUCUUCCCUUGGAAGUUGCACAUCACUCACAAAGAUGACUUCAGCGUCUACAACACAAGUCCAGGAAUGGGUGCUAUUCACAUAGUUAGAGCAACAUGAAUGCUGUAGAGUAGAAGUUCCUGCAGGUAGCUACAUUGUCCUUCAGUAAUUC